AACGGGAGUCCCGAGAGCAUGAGGAGCCGACCACGUCGGAAAUGACAGAGGAGACCUACCCACCCAAGGCCUACCGACCCAAGCACGGGCGCCUCUCCGAGCUCAAGGCUGAGGCCCUGAAGAAGGACCGCCGGAAGAAGCUGACCCUGGCCAAGUUUGUGGGCAUGGCGGAGAACACGGCGCACCCCCGGGUCGUCAUCCCUGAGCUCCGGCAAGAGUUUGAGCUGGGCCCCUGCCGCAGGCACAUGGAGGCAUCCCUGCAGGAGCUCAAGAGCAGCCAGCGGAUGGUCCCCCGUGCCGUCCACCUCCCCAACUGUGACCGAAAAGGCUUCUACAAGAGGAAGCAGUGCAAGCCCUCCCGAGGCCGGAAGCGUGGGUUGUGUUGGUGCGUGGACAAAUACGGCAUGAAGCUGCCGGGGACUGACUACCUGAGCGGAGACCUGCAGUGCCAUGCGUUCGACAGCAGCAACGUGGAGUGAAGUCGCAUCCCCUCCCUCCACCCCAUCACUACCUACCCAAGCUCCCUUCCACCCUCCCCUCUGCACCUCCCCGCACCCCGGGACUCCGAUUCCUUUCAUCUCAUGUAAGAAGAAAAAAAGAAAGGAAAAGAAAAAAGAGAAAGGAAGGAAAAG